UCAGUCAUGACCUGGCGUGGGGUUAUCAUCGGAGUGAUAGAAAAUUAAAACAUUAUAAAUUGGCAUCCAUGUACCGUCCAACGUCAGUCCGCGUGAGCAAGUGUAAUGUUAAUUGGUUGUGUAUAAAAUAAGUGACUUAUUAUUACGUGGUAACUAUGAGGUGCUUAGUCCUAAUUGCUGUGGUCAUGGCAAUGGCCACAGCUAGACCAGAAAAGUAUAGAGAGAAAGAAGACUUUCAGUAUUCUAGAAGUUCAAGCGAUGAAGGUAGCAAAUCAGGCUAUUAUGGAGCACAAAGAGGAAACAUGGGAGGUAAUUACGAGCGAGCACACAAUAUGGAUUCUCUAGCUCAGCAUCAAAUGAGCGGACUUAUACACCAAGUUGAUGGCGAACUGGGUGAAGCUGCUAAUACAAAAACAGGUAGCGUUUUCACUGCCGCAAAUUCCCGAGGAAUGUACGGCUCCGGACACUACAAUCUAGGCAACCUCGAAGGACGUAACUUUCAAGAGGGAACGUCUUUUGGAAAUUCUCAUUCCCAAAGUGCUCUUACAAAUUCAGCAUACAGAGACCAUUCAUCUAAUGAAAAUAGGUACAGAAAUAGCAACAGCUAUUCUCAUAGUUCUAGACAUAGCAAUUCUGAACAAUCCCAAUAUGAACAGGAAGAAGGAGUACAAAACAGCCAUCUAAGAUCUGGAGACAGUGCAUACCAACAGGAAUAUGGUGUUUAUGACGGCUCUUCAAGACUAAGUCACUCGGCCUCACCAUACCAAAAUAGGCUAGUAAGCACGAGGCCUAUGAAAAUUUUGUUACGACCAGGAACUAGAGUAGCAAUACCUCUUGCUACUCAGACCUAUGAUGCAGAACACGGCGCAUCUUCAUAUGACGCAGACCAAAGUGCAUCUUCCUACAAUGCAGAUCACACCACAUCUUCCCAUGAUUCAUCAGUAUAUAAUCAACAUGCUGCUAGGACCGAUGCGGAAUUAAUUGCAAACAAUGAUCAGGAAAGCCACAUUAAACAUGUUCCUGCUAAUAAAUACUACGAAUCAUCAUACAACUACCACAAGGAAUGGGAAAAACAUGAUAAUAGUCCUGGAGCAGUUCCACUUGCUAUUGACGAAAAUUCAAUUCCAAAAGCAAGUGAAUUAUAUGAUGACUCACAUCAUUCUCAGGCGUAUAAUAGUCGGAAUAGACAAUAUACAUCCAACACAGCAGGUUCUCAUAAUAGUCACACAAGCAACUCAUAUGGCUACAAUACUAAGAGUAAUUUAGCUUCAUCCAGUCACUCGAGGCAGCAAUCUGAAUAUGAAGUGCAAAGAGACAAGUUAAACUCUGAAUUAAGUGCUUUUACUAAUGCUCAUGAAAAUAACGAUCUCGACGAAAAUGAACAAGGAACAACGAAUUCUAAGCCCAAAAGCUAUCAGUCGUCAUAUUCAUAUCAUAAAUCAUGGGAAAGGCAAGGAGAUCCCUACGUCAUUGUGCCUGUCCCAGACGUUAAAAAUGGUCAUUCUUCUCAACGACUCACUGACUCCAACAGACACAACGGUUAUUCGUCACAUCAAUAUGGUUCUAAUCAUAAGUCAUCACAUCAACGUUACUCCAGUAGCAAUGGCUUGAUGGAUUGCGACUGCGAUGAUGAGGGACACAUACGUGUUGCUCGUUCUUACAACACGGACCAAGAAGUUCAGUAUCAGCAAAAUGAUUGGGAAGUUAGUGAUCAACAGAGUCAAAAUCAUUGGGAUAAAAUACAAGAUUUAGGGCAACAGACUCAAAAUAAUUGGGAUAGGUAUGAAGACUUAGGACAACAAUCACAAAAUCAAUGGGAUAAAAUAGAAGAUCUCGGACAGCAAUCACAAAAUCAUUGGGAUCAAAUACAAGAUCUGGGACAACAAACUCAAAAUAAAUGGGAUAAAUUUGAAGAUUUAGGGAAACACACCCAAAAUCAAAGGGAUAAAAUAGAACACCACGGACAUCAAACUCAAAAUAAAUUGGAUAAAACAGAAGACCUUGGACCAAACCAAAAUCAAUGGGAUAAAAUCGAGGAUUUGGGACAACAAACUCAAAAUCAAUGGGAUGAAACUGAAGAUUUAGGGCAACACUCCAAAAAUCAAUGGGAUAAUACCGAGGAUCUCGGACAACAAACUCAUCGUAAAUGGGAUAAAUUUGAGAAUUUUAGCCAACAUAGUUGGGGAAAUCAGGAUCUUGACCAACAAGCACAAAGGAGUGUUGAUCAAGAUCAGAGUACAUGGCGUAAUAUAGAGAAAUCACACAAACGACAUGAUACAAACAAUUAUGAAUUAGAACAAGGAGCAACUUCAGUCAGUUUAUUUGAAGACAAAGACACUGACAUUUUUUCAUCACAUAAUAUAUUUAGAGAAAUAAGCACAACCACCACUUCACCACAAGAUAAUGAUAAGCAUGCUAGUAUACGGGGCACUUUGAAUUACUCACAAAAUUCUCAGCAUUUUUAUGGCCAUGAAAACAAACACUUUUGGAACAGUGAUCAGUCAUUUUUUAAUACACCAAUGAACACCACUUCUGAUGGUGAAAAACAUAGUAUUGACAAGCAGUCAUCACUUGAUACAGAACAAACUGUACUUCAAAAUAAUUACUUACAUCAACAGAUAACUGAAAAAACCUUAAGUGAUGCAAAUACUACACAUACAUCAUCUAUAAAUAAUCUGUGGGAUAAAUUAGACCGUCUUGACAAGGAAUCUUCACUUAAUAAUGUUUAUAAUACAACUAAUUACAGUUACAAUAAAGAAAUAACUAAUACUGAAAAGUCCAAAGAUUUUGAUAAAAGUCCGAAACAUCCAAAAGAUGCGGGUCGUGGCGAUAUCGAAAACGAAGAUAUAAAUUUCGAAUUAAAUACAAAUUUUGAUAAAAAUGACAUUGAUAAUAAAGAAUAUAGAACGGCGCAAAUUGAAGCAUUAACAUCAUCAAUUAAUCCAAAUAAUGCAACCCACAUGCAACAUGCUACUUCAGAUGAGAAACCCACAGAUAUUUCUUUGGAAUCAAUUCAACCUCUAAAUAGGAAUUUUAAUAAUAGUUAUAACAAAAUAAACAAUGAUAAAGAUGAAAAGCAUUCUGAUAGAAACAUUCACCAAGAAAACAUAAACCAUGAAUUUACACUUUAUGAUCAUCACAAUUUAAACAAAGAGACAGAUCAUCAGGAUUUUGAAAAGCAUGAAGAAAUAGGUGAAAAAUAUUUGAAUCAAAACGAUUUAAAACACACCAAUCGUACUAAUGAAUAUGCUGAACAGCAAAACAAGUAUCAUCAUUUUAAUUCUAUCAAUCAGCAAAAUGAGAAUUUGGACCAACAAAGCAUGCAACAAGGCAGUCAAUAUUUCGAUGGAACUAGUGGCAUUUUUAAGCAAAGUAACUUAAGCCAAAAUCUUGAAGAUUUAGGACCUUUAAAUGGAAACUUUGACCAGAAUAAACUGCAUCGAAAAAUCCAAUAUUCAAAUCAUAAUAAUGAGCAUCAAAACAUGGAGAGCUUUGAUAAGUCUACUACAGAUCAACACCAGUUUGAUCAAGGGCUUACAGGUACAAAAAUUGAACAAGACAAUGCUGAUGAGUACUUGCAAGGUUUUGGUGAGUCUAAAGAAGAUUUUGAUCAAAAAAACUCAAAUGAGCCACUUAUGGAUUUUGGUCAGUCGAAUUAUAACUUUGAUCAACUUCAAAGAGCAAAUCAUCCGCUUGAAACAUUCAAUCAGCAAACAUUCAAUGACGAAAACUUAGAUCCACAGAACAUGGAACAAAACUUAGAAAAUUUUGAUAAAUUUAGUGAUAAUUUUGGACAAGACAAAUUAGAACAGAAUCUGGAGGAUUUUAGUAAAACAAAUGAAAUCUAUGACCAGCAGAGUAUAAAUAAGCUUUAUGAUAGUUAUUACAAAAAAAGUGAUAAUAUGGAAAAGUUAAACUACAUGUUAGAUCAACAUAAUAUAAAUCAAAACUUUGGUAAUGAAAAACUUGAAGUAGAUAGAAUUGCUAGAGAACAUUUUGAUCAGCAUAACCAAGAUCCAAAUUCUGCUCAAGAAAUUAAAAUCUUAAGUCAAAAUGCAGCACAAAGUUAUUCCAAAUAUCCUGCUUCUAAUACUUAUGAGGAUAAGAAUGUUCAAAAUGAAUUAUUACACACAACUGAACCAGAACCUGUUGCGCCUGGACCAGAACAAACAGGAUUUUGGGCAUCAAUUGGUAAAAAGUUCACUAAAGCCAAAGAUAAAGUAACAUCAUGGUUUCGGAAAACAUCUGAAUAAAAGUAUUUUACUAGUACUACUCUAAAUUAAUGUAAUUUUAUUACAUUAAUUUAGAUUUAGUGAUGACAUUUAAGUUUGGAUUAUGAAUGAAAAAGUUAAUAUAUUUGAUGAUAAAUAUUUUUUGUACAAAAUAAGUGUUAAUUACUUACUUCAGGUAGGGAAAGGUAGUACUUAAUGAAUGCUUGUUGUUGAACAGAAUCUGAAAAAGUUAUGUAUGAUAAGAUAUCAAUAACAAUUUUUUAUGCAACAUUAAAUAAGUUUUUAAUUAUAGAAGUUUAAAAUAAAUAACUGCGCAAGAUAAUAUUAAUAAAUUUAUUAAACACCAAA